AUGGAAUACUGUGUUCUCUUUUCAUCCAGAGCAGAAAGCAAUGCUGCCCAAAACAGGAAGGUCACAGAUUAUUAUCCUAUUAGACUGAGUUCCAGAAAAAGCAAAGCUGAAUUGAAGGUCAUGUUAAAGGGAAGAGGAGUAUUUGCUGUCAGACGUUUCAAGAAGGGGAAGUUUGUAAUUGAGUAUCAUGGAGACUUGUUGCAUCUGGCUGAUGCCAAGAGAGAGGCUCUGUAUGCCCAAGACCCUGGGACUGGCUGCUACAUGUACUAUAUCCAGUAUCUCAGCAAAACAUACUGUGCGGAUGCUACAAAAUAAUCAACUCGCCUGGGAAGGCUGCUAAACCACAGUAAAACUGGCAACUGCCAGAACAAAUUACAUGACAUAGAUGGAAUACCUCAUCUCAUACUGGUGGCUUCCAGGGACAUUGAGUCAGAGGAAGAGCUGCUUUAUGACUAUGGUGACCGCAGCAAGGAAUCCAUCUCGGCUCACCCUUGGCUCAAAUACUGAUGUGCUGUUUUUACACCACCAGAGAAUUACUAGGUGCAUUUUAAAGCUUUUUUUUACCAUUCCCUUGGCCCUAAACUGCAAACUUGGCAUUCCAGGUGAGACAAAUUAAGUGGGCGUUUUGUUUAUUUUUAAUCUGCCCUUUCAAGCAAUGUAUUUGGGAAAAACUGUGGCAGUAUGAACAAUAUUGAAGACAACCUUCAAGAUGACACAUGGAUCAAUUUGUUAAAACUGUAUAUCAAUUUAUUGCUGGAUUUUGGGGUAGUUUUAUACAUAUUUAGGCCUGUGCUUCCAAGAAGAUAUAUUUCUAACAUUAGCUAUUUUUUUUAACGCUGUUUUUAUAUUCGUUCUAAUUUAUAAUGCUAGGUAUGGUUCUAGUUGAAGCAACAAUUUUCAUAUGAUUGUCAAUGCUCUCCAAGCUUCUGGGACACCAGCUUAUACUUGAUUUAAAAUGUAGGUAUUUUGCAAUGGGUGAAAUCCUAAUACAUUUUAAACAAUUUACAAAGUAAGUUGCUCUUUGAUAGUAAAUUUAAGUGUACAUGGACAAAUCUGUUCAGAAAUCUGGCUAACAUGGAAGCUCAUUUUGCAAUGAAUAGAAAAGCUAGCUUGGCCUUUGUCAAUGUACCAAUUAAUAUUCACAGACGUAAGUCCAGCAUCCUCCUGGUAGGUCAGUGUAUUUCAAAAUGUGCAACGAAGUGAUUUGUAACUUUAUAAUUCUGAACUGCUUUCUUUACAGCUGCUCUAUUAUUUUUAAGGUAAAAUGGACUUUAAAAGCCCUUGUGUGAACUAGCGUAAAAUAGUUAUGCUCAGCCACAUUUUUAUGCAAUUUCUGGACAAGGAACAAUUUUGGUAACACUUUUAUAUUUGUUUAAGAGCCUAUAGUUAUCUAAUCCACAAAUAAUUUUGGGAGGGAUUCAUUACCAUGAUCUGUGCUACUCAACCCCCAGGUAGAUGCAGAUUAUGCUGAUGGGAUUCAGGUGUAUGAGUUAGGUAUAGUGAAUCUGGGGCAGUAUAGUGGUCGUGGGGCUCGAUUCCAUCAGUAUCGCUGAAGUUCAGAAUUAAAAAGCCAUUUCAUAUUGAACUGA